AUGUUCGGACUUGUCCAUUGUAAUGCAUCAAUUUUAGCACGACAAACUACUGAUCCGACCCUUUUUUUUGUUCGAACAUUGGUCAAAACUUGGCUUUGGCCUAUUAUAACUUGUUUCGGUGUAACUGGCAAUAUUCUUGCCAUAAUUGUACUUACAAAGCGUCGUAUGAUUAUGUCAUCAACAAAUAAUUAUUUAGCUACACUAGCUCUUGUUGAUAUAGCCUAUCUUAUACUAACACUUAUACUUAACACAUUUCAACAUCCGUGUUUAAUUGGUAAUUCAUUAUCUGCAAUACUUUUAACAAUAUGUCGACCAAUAGCAGAUUUUUCAUCAAAUACAAGUGUUUGGCUUACAGUGACAUUUACAGUUGAACGUUGGGUUGCUGUAACCUAUCCAUUACAAAGUCGUACAUGGUGUACUGUUAGUCGAUCAAGAAGAAUUAUCAUAAGUGUUAUGUUUGCUGCAUUAAUAUGUACAUCACCAUCAGCUUUUGAAACGAAACUUGUACGUAUUAUUGAAAUACGAAAUUCGACAAAUCCAAAUGAAAAACCAUUAUUGACAAAUCAUAUACGUGCUAAACCUACAGCAUUGGGAAGUAGUUUACUAUAUCAUCAAAUUUAUUUUAAUUUUGUUACAUUUGCUAUUAUUUGGAUACCAUUAUUACUUCUUGCUAUUUUCAAUACAAUUCUAAUUAUUCAUGUUCAUCGUUCAAGACAAAAUGAACAUCGAAAUAGUGAAGGAAUUCAAUUACGUCGACAUAAUCAAGGAAAUCAAGGUGAACAAAGAAAAACAACAAUUAUGUUAAUUGCUGUUGUUAUUGUAUUUACUGUUUGUCAAAUACCACAAGCAAUAUCUUUAACAGUUCAAUCAUUUUUUCCUAUAUUAUCUCAAGCACCAAAAGUUCUUAUUUAUAAUAAUUUUGCAAAUUGUUUAGUUGCUAUAAAUGCUUCAACAAAUUUUCUAUUAUAUUGUUGUUUUUCGGAACGAUUUCGUUCAACAUUUAGUUCACAUUUUUCUUUUCUAAGAAAAUAUUGUGCACCUUAUAUUUUAUCAAAUUGGAAAUUAAAAUCAAGUACUAAUAAACAUUCAUUAUCAAUUGACAAUAUGUUAUAUAAUUAUCCAUAUAAUCAUUCAAAUUAUUCAUUACAUGGAUCAAAUAGAAAUGCUCGUAUAUCAAAUGUAAGUAAUGAAUUAAAUCCAAGAUAUUCAAAACAAUCAUUAAAUAAUUAUUCACAAAGACCAUCACAAAUAUCAUAUAAAGAUCAAAGAUCUUGGACAUCACCUUUAUCAAAAUUAAAAUCACAUAAAAAACAAAAAUUCAUUGGAAAACGUAAAGAAACGUAUCCCAGUUCACCCAUAACAAAUGUUACAAGAAUUUCAUUACCAUUAAUUCGACAAUCACUUCGAUCAACUGUUUCAACAACAUGUGAUACUAUAUCUAAAUAUCCUAUUGUAGAAACAAAACUAUUAGAUUUAUCAACAAUGUCUAUUACAAAUAAAACAAUUCCUUCGAAACAUUAUUCAAUAUCAAUGUAUGCAUUAAAUCGACCGAUUUAUAUAGAUUAUUCAAUAGAUAGAUUAAAAAGAACAUAUAGUGUUGGGUCUUAUUGUUCAAAAAGACGACUAACAUUUCACUCACAACAAUCUUUCUAUGAUAAUAAUAAUACAGAACAAAUUUGGAUAAAACGUCAUUUAUCCAAUAGUACUAUUGAAAAACAGUCUGAUCAACGAAAAUCAUUUUUAUGGAAAGAAAUAAAUGAUGUUACUGUAUAA